ACUUUUUCUCUGCAAUUUCCGCUUUUGCUUAAGUGCUUUUCUGGUUUUGUUCAAUUUUGGGAAAUGGCACAGAGCUAGGGUUUGUGAAAUUUUCUGAAAUUUUGAAAGUGCUAAGUUUCAGAACUUUCCCACCCAACAAAAUGAAGGUUUGUCUCAGAAGUUCAGACGAUGUUAUUGAAACCCUAAAAGCUAUGUUUCUGUGAACUCACACAGAAAUCUUGUAGUUUUUCAGUAAAAAGCUUUGAGCUUUCUGAGUUGGUAAAUUCUGAUCAUUAUUUUCUUGGGGACUAUUUCCUCCAAGUGGGUUUUGGGAUUUUUUUUGAAGGGUUUUUUCGAAAAGAUGGCUUUUGUUUUGUUGCAUUUUGUUUAUGAUUUGACAUAUUGUAUGCAUUGGGGAAGCUUGAUUAAGGUCAUGUUUUGUUGAAUUUCUUGUAAGAGUGUGCAAUGGUAUGCCAAAUCUGGCUUUCUUAAUUGCUUAGAUCUGUUGGAAAUUGUUGGGGAAAUGCUGUGUUAAGGAGUUCUCUUGGUGUAGUUCCAAGUGUUUGAUGAAAACACAUGCCUAGCCCUUUGUAAUGAAGCGAAGCCCUUUUGUCCUUUGACGGGGAAGUCUGUGGUUCAAGUCGAAAAGGAGAGAUGAUUGAGUUCUGUCGUCUUAACUUAAGAAGUCAUUGCUACACUGCAUAUAGUAGAUUUGUAGUUAACUUAGUACAUCAUCUGUUUCUGUCUAUAAAAGUGAUACUUGUUUCUAUUCAAUGUGAUGUAAUUUAUUGUUUCUAGAUUUAUAGCAACGGCUUCUUUCGUUUGGUGUUGGUGGAGGAGGGUUUUAAACUCUGUAUUUAAACAAUGUUUGCUUUGAAAUGAAUUUUUUUUAUUUCUGCAUCAGGUCGGAAUUUAAGUUGUUAGCAUAAUUGAAUUUGGUAAUGUUUUUGUAGUUAACAAGUAAAAUAAUCUGAUGCUAUUUGUUUGCUUUCUCUUUGGAUCAGGUAUUUAACAUCCGUAGUCAUGACCGCUUUCUGGGAAGGAAAAAUGGCUAGGGGUUGUCAAAUGUAAUACUUUUUCUCGUAUUAUGCUUACUGCUCCAGUUAAGUAAAGACUCAGAGGAAGUGUAUUGAGACUGUUAGGGAAAAUGGAGUGCAAUAAAGAUGAUGCGGUCAAGGCUAAGGAACUUGCUGAGAGGAAGUUUGCAGAAAAAAAUUAUGCUAGUGCUAAGAAGUUUGUUUUGAAGGCUCUAACUUUGUGUCCCGAGCUUGAGGGUCUCUCCCAAAUGUUGACUAUACUUGAUGUUUACAUCUCUUCGGAGAAUAAAAUUAAUGGGGAAGCAGAUUGGUAUGGAGUACUUAGUGUUACUCCGUGUGCUGAUGAUGAGACGAUUAAGAAAGAGUAUAGAAAGUUGGCUUUCAUGCUUCAUCCGGAUAAAAACAAGUGUUUUGGUGCAGAAGGCGCAUUUAAGUUGGUUUCAGAGGCCUGGACUUUGUUAUCAGACAAGGCCAAGAGGGUAGCAUAUAACCACAAGAGGAAUGUACAAGGGUUUCAACAGGAAGCAGUGUCCUGUACUGGGGGUCCGUCAGUGCAACAUAGUGCAAGCACAUUUCAAAAUUGUAUGAAUAGUAUCAGGAAGACUGUAAAAGCGUCUCAACAGGAAGUUGCACACCGUAGCGGAGGUCCGUCAACUCAACCUAGUGCAAGUACCUUUCAGAAUGUUACGGAUGCGAGUACCCAGCAACCUAGUGCAUCUACCUUUCAGAAUGUUAUGAAUGCGAGGACCCAGCGUGGUUCCACCCAUAUACCUUCAUAUGCAAAAGCUGCUACAUUUUGGACCAUCUGCAACCAUUGCAAAACUCAUUAUCAGUAUGUCAGAAUGUAUCUACAUCAUCUUCUUGUCUGUCCUAAUUGUAAGAAGACUUUCUUGGCUGUAGAACAGGCUCCACCUGCGGAGAUUUUCAAGUCGUCCAAGAGCUCUUCUUCCCAGCAGCGUCAGAAUUCAAGACACUAUGCGGCUGGUGGUAACUCAAAUAGUUCUGCAAGAAACUGUGCUGCAGCUCAAAAUGUAGGAGCUGGGGGGUCUUCAGGUCCUAAUUCAAACAACAACACAAACUUAAAGCAGGGCUCUGCCACCCAAGUGACAAGUAUCGGUAGCACAGUUGCAUCGGGUCACGCUGCUGUGGAUGCGGUUCUGCAGGCAAGUGAGAAUAUGAAUAGAAAUUCAGAGCGGAGACAGUCAAUUGCUGAAUGGGAAAGAAGUCAAAAUUUGAAGGGAAAUCCUACAUUGAAAAAGAGAAGAACGGAUGAUCCUCAUUUGAACGGGUAUGAUAAAAAAAGGGCUAAUCAAAUGUCCAUGGGAAAUGGUGGAGCCGACGUGCGAGGUAUAUCUGAGUUGAGUAAAGGUAAUGCUGGAACAAAAAGAAUUUAUGAUUUCUCUAGUACACAGGACAAACCUAAGGUCCUCAGAGAGGUUCCAUAUCCGGUAAUAAGAAAAGUUCUAAUAGAGACGGCACUAACUUCGAUUCGCAAUUUUCUUGCGCGGAGCUCAGCAACUGAAGCAAAGCAGGCAAACAAAAAGCAAGAAACUGUGAAAGUAAAAAAGAAACAGAAGAGUGUGGUAAAUGUUGACACAAGCACAAACAGUGAUCCAGAUGUAGAGGAUAAGUCACCAAUGCCGAUCAAUGUUCCAGACCCCGAUUUUCAUAAUUUUGACUUGGAUCGAACUGAAAGAUCCUUUGGAGAGGACCAAGUUUGGGCUGCAUAUGAUAAUGAUGGCAUGCCCCGUUAUUAUGGUCGAAUUCAAAAGGUGAUCUCCUUGAAGCCGUUUAAGAUGCGGGUCAGUUGGCUUAACUCGAGAAGCAACAAUGAAUUGGGUACGCUGAACUGGGUUAAUUGGACAAAAGGCACACGAGGGAUGAUUCGCGUAUUUCCUACAAGGGGCGAAAUCUGGGCUCUAUAUAGGAACUGGUCCCCUGAUUGGAGUCAGCAUACCCCAGAUGCAGUAAUCAACAGAUAUGACAUGGUGGAACUGCUUGACGGCUUUACUGAGGAACACGGUGUGUCUGUCGCUCCUCUAUCUAAGGUCGCUGGUUUUAAAACAGUGUUUCGUAAGCACACAGACCCCAGGGAAGUGAAAAGGAUUCCUAAAGAGGAGAUGUUCCGUUUCUCGCAUCGGGUCCCUAGUCACUUACUUACAGGUGAAGAAGCUCAUAAUGCUCCAAAGGGUUGUUGGGAAUUGGAUCCAGCAGCUCUCCCUUCGGAGCUUUAUCAAGUUAUAACAGAAGCUCGUGAUGCACCAGUGAAACAGAAUGAUGGUAAAACAAAUGAAGAGAUUCCGAAACCUCUACCAAUGAUGACCGACGACAAUGGUACAUGCCAAGUCGGCCAAGGAAACUGAAGCCAUAAGCGCGCCCCACCCGUAGAUUAUGGACGUUGCUGAAGAUAAUACCGGUCUAGCUAGGUUUGGACCUUUUGUUUUUGCUAACCCCUUUUGUUUUUGGUAAGGCCUGCUGCAAGUGUACAUGUUGCUGCAUUAUUUGCAGCAAUUGGUUAGCAGGUGGUGGUGGUGGUGGUACCAUCUUUCUUUUUGCAUUUUGUGGAACAUGAAAGGUCAGAUGGUGAUUAGGUUUUAGUAAAGUUGGAAACUUUUGUAUACUUUUAUGCCUGAUCUCUCUGAAAGAUAAGGUUCUUUGGCAUCAUGGGUUUAACUUUUACUUACAUCCUUCAGUGUACUGGUUACUGCAGUAAUAUUUACUUUUCCAUCUGUGAACUAUGAUUUGGCUCACAGAUACA